AUGUGUGGUAGAUAUGCUCUUGGCGUGCGCAUGGCCUUCAUGCGUCGCCGCCUUGAAGAACAAGGCCUUCAGGUCGACGAAGCACCCUCCGAUGACGACGUCCGAGAAACAUACAACUUCGCUCCGGGGAGCUUUGGCGCCGUCUAUCGCACGGAUAUAUAUUCCUCGGGACACAACGGGGAACAGCAUGAGGACGACGACGACGACGACGACGACGACAGUGGAUCCCACACCACAUCGCCCGCUCAGAACAAGACAGAAGACAAAGACGAACAGACGCUCCCCAAGCUCAAAUACAAAAUCCAGAGUAUGAAGUGGGGACUGGUCCCGUUCUGGACGAAGCGGAAACCGGAUUACGGGUCGAUGAUGCGGACGAUCAAUUGCCGGGAUGACUCGCUGGUCGAGGAUCGCGGGAUGUGGACGUCCAUGAAGCGGAAGAAGAGGUGUGUAGUUGUCUGUCAGGGUUUCUAUGAGUGGUUGAAGAAGGGGCCUGGGGGGAAGGAAAAAGUGCCACAUUUUGUGAAGAGGAAGGAUGGGGAGCUGAUGCUUUUUGCUGGGUUGUGGGAUUGUGUUUCUUAUGAAGGGGAGGAUGAGAAGCUCUACACGUAUACGAUUAUUACGACGUCCUCGAACCCUUAUCUGAAGUUCCUUCAUGAUCGCAUGCCGGUGAUUCUUGAGCCAAAUAGUGAGGCGAUGAAGAUUUGGCUGGAUCCGAAUCGGACGACAUGGUCGAAGGAACUGCAGUCUGUCCUGAAGCCGUACGAGGGCGAGUUGGAAUGCUAUCCCGUUCCCAAGGAGGUUGGCAAGGUCGGAAAUAACUCCCCUGACUUCAUUGUGCCGGUAAGUAGUAAGGAAAACAAGAGUAAUAUUGCGAGCUUUUUUGCAAAUGCAAAGAAAAAAACCAAGCCGAGUGUCAAAGUCGAAGGCGAUGGCAUUACGGAUCAAAAUAUAGUCAAGAGCGAAGAUGAUCCGCGUCCAACGAGGGACGGUGAAUGGAGUGAGGACAAUGCACCCAAGCCAGCAACGGGCACUAAGAGAGAACGCACCCACGAGGGACCUGAAGAGGUAGCAGACGAGGGGACGAAGAAACCAAAGACAGAGCCGCUCACCCCUUUGCCAAAGAUGGCCUCAGAGCAUAACCCAGGGUCGAAGCAACAGACAACCCCUGUAGGACAGAAGAUGCGAAGUGCCACUCAUAAUGAAAAGCCCACGAAAAAGGUAAAUGCAAAGAAAGCUGAUGGAUCUCAGCCAAUCACAAAAUUUUUCUCAACUUGA